ACGGGGAUGCUUCGAUCGACGCAUUCUCAUCUUUUUUUGCUUAUUCUGCUACCGCUCUCUUUACCCUUUCUCACUCUCUCACUCUGUCUCUUUCUUCUAAUUUCGUAUCACGCAUAACGAUUGACUAUUCUAACGCAUCUUAUUCACAAGUGGAAAGUGCUACAUAAAUAACACCUUUGAAACGAGACGAUCAACUUUUAAGAAGGUUCAUUUUUAUUUCUCGAGGAUAAAUGAAUCAAAUAUGAAAAGAAAGAUGUUCCUUUUUUAUUUCUUGUAUUUUUCCUGUUUUCGUAAUGAAUAAAUAUUUGCAAAAGGUUAUGACGGAAGAUAGAGAAGAAAUUUUCAACGGAAACGAUUUCAAGAUUUUUACUACCAACCUAACUGCAUUUUCUACACUGUCGUUCCACGAAUAAUUUUGGCUUACGCCCAGUCAUUCAAUUACCGCCAGUAUGAUGCUAUCUCAAAGUUGAUCUCUCUCUUUCAGUUUAUUAAGAAUAAGAAGUUUCAUUUUAAUAUAAUGGCAGAACAGAGUAAAUCGGCAUCACUAACGAAAAAGUGUUCACUUUUGUCGAACGACUUCGAUAGCUUUUUUGAGAUCGAGAAUGAUACUUUGAUAGAAAACAAUGUUACUGAAGAUGAAACGAAUUAUUGGCCGAACUGUGAUACAUCUAUGUGGACAAGAUCGUGCGAAUACGAAGUGAUCGAUCCGAUUCCUGGAAAUGUUGUUGGAACAGUACCAAAAUGGUUGAAAGGUAGUUUGUUGAGAAAUGGUCCUGGUAGUUUAAAAGUGGGAGAUUAUACUUUCAAUCAUCUGUUUGAUAGUUCAGCGCUUUUGCACAGGUUUGAAAUAUCGGAUGGACAUGUAACUUAUCAAAGAAGAUUUGUGCAAACUGAAAGUUAUAAAAAAAAUAAAGCAGCGCAAAGAAUCGUUGUAUCGGAAUUUGGUACAAAAGCAGUGCCAGAUCCUUGUCAAAGUAUUUUCAAAAGAAUUGCUGCAGUAUUUAAUCCAUCGGAAAGCAUCUCUGAUAACACGAUGAUAUCAGUUUAUCCACUUGGUGACGAAUAUUACACGUUCACGGAAUCUCCCAUAAUCCAUCGAAUCGAUCCAGAGACCUUGGAGACCAAGGGUAGAGUGAAUGUAUCAAAUUACGUAAAUAUCGUUAGUCAUACUUCUCAUCCUCACGUGAUGAACGAUGGUACUGUUUAUAACGUUGGACUCAGUAUAACUUCGCAUGGUCCUGCUUACACUGUUGUUUGUUUUUCACCUGCUCGAAUUACUAUUGAUGAAACUGGUGAAGAAAAGGAAUUAACCAUGUUUGAUCAAGCCACUAUUGUUGCUACCAUUCCUUCUAGAUGGUUUCUAAAUCCUUCCUAUAUGCAUACUUUCGGCAUCACUGAAAAUUAUUUCAUUAUCAUUGAACAACCUUUGGCCGUUUCUCUUCCAAGUAUGAUAGCUCGUCAAAUUAAACAGGAAGCUAUGAUAGGUUGCAUAAAGUGGCAUGAAAAUAAAGACACACUCAUACACGUAUUAUCGAAACAGACUGGUCUGGUAGAGAGAACUUUUAUCGCUGAGAAAUUUUUCUACCUACAUAUUAUUAAUCAAUUUGAAACUCGUGACAGAGAUUACAUCGUUCUUGAUAUCUGUUGUUAUCGAGAUGCAAAAAUGUUGGAAUGUAUGUACAUUGAAACGAUGAAGAAUUUACAUAAGAAUCCAGAUUACGCUAAAUUAUUUCGUGGCAGACCCUUACGUUUCAUUUUACCAAUGAAAAAAUUUUCGAACGACAUCCCUUUGGAACAUAAUUUAAUAAAUGUUAAAACGGUCUAUCAGAGCGCAGAAAUAUUUGAAGGAUUCAAACUUGAUGAGAAAAGUGAAACUAACGAUAAAUUUAUUGACGAGAAUAAUUUCAACGAAGAUACUAACUUUGAGGAAUUCAAAAUAAAAAAUGAGGAUCACAGUAAAAAUCUUCUUGAAAGAAAAGCCACGGCUCAUAGGCUACCAAAUGGCAAUAUCUUCGUUAAACCGGAGCUUCUUUGCGAUCUAGGCUGUGAAACACCUCGUAUAAAUUACGAUUCUUAUGUUGGAACGGAGUACCGUUACUUUUAUGCGAUAUCCAGUGACGUUGAUAUAGAACAUCCUGGCACGCUCAUCAAAGUGGACACAGUGAAAAAAACGAAGAAAAUAUGGUGCGAAAAAAACGUUUACCCGAGUGAACCAAUUUUUGUACCUGACCCACACGGAAAGAAGGAGGACGAUGGAGUGAUCUUGAGUGCUCUUUUAUGGGGUCAAGAUCAUGAGACACAAGCUGGUUUACUGAUUUUAGAUGCCGAAACUUUUAUCGAACUUGCCAGAGCUACUUUCGAUACACCGGGACCUGUACCAAAGUGUUUACAUGGCUGGUUUACAUUCAAUAAAUAAUGUUUUAAUGCCGUUCUGAAAACUUAAGUAGAUAGAUAUUUAUAAUAUUGAAUAGUUCUGAUGAUGCGUUGUAUAUUAUGUAAAAUUUUUACAUUUAAGUUAGUCAUAUAAAACAUUUUAUGUUUCUUAUGUAUAUUUAUGUUUCUGUUUAUAAUAAUACAAUACAAUAAUGAUAAUAAUGAUGAUUACUAAUGUCGAAAUAAACAGUAGGUAUAUUAAU